AAGGAGCAUCUGAGACUCCAUGACUGAAUCCUGUGGGUCUUCAGAGAGUCCGAGAAUCCGAGAAUUCGGAUUGGUGGAGACCCCGGAACCGCGGUGACUUGAUUGGCUUCUCCAAUGAGAGAGGGAAAUGGAGUCGCAUCAUGCGUAUCCAGGCAGAAGAGCCCGACACAGGUUGUGAGACAAGAGAAAACCGAGAGAUGGAGAAUCCCCAACAAGGAGCUUCUGUGCCCCCAGACACCGCCCUCGGAGAGACACAGGCCCCAGGGGCCGUGGACAGAAGAUGCCGGUGCUGAGAGGUGGGACACAGAGUCCAAGGAAUUGGUAGAAGGGGAGGACCUCAGGAAGUGUCUUGGAGAAAUCCUGGGCCUGCAGAAGGAGAAAGGAGGCUUGCAUUCCCUCCAGGAAAUUGUGAGCUGUGAGAUGGGAGAAGACAGCCACCCCAGGGGCGUCAGGCGUCUCUACUACGAUGGGGAGCUCCUCCUCUCCUGCGGCCGGGAGACCCACAGAUGCACCGUGCCCCAGGCCUCGGCUCAGACCUUGGCCCUGGAAAUGGAGAAGACGUGGGACAUGGACGAGCUAAGCAGACACUACUGGGCCCACGUGCGGGGAGAGCUUUGUGCAAAACUGCAGGGCUAUCUGAAAUCCUGGACCAGCUUCACAGAGAGGACAGUGCCCCCAGCAGUGACGGUGACCUGCACUCAGGCCUUGGAGGGCACAGACAACCUCACAUGCCAGGCCGCCGGCUUCUCUCCCCAGAAUAUCUCAGUGGCCUGGUAUCACAAUGAGAAAGCUGUGAGCCCGGACACCCAGCAGUCUGGGGGUGUCCUGCGUGAUGGGAAUGGGACCUACUGGACCUGGGUGACCCUAAGGGUCCCCCAAGGAGAGGUGCAGGGGUUCUCGUGCCACGUGGAACAUGGCGGGAAUCACAGUGUCCAUGCCGUGCCCUGCGGUGAGCCUGGGGGAUGCUUGAGGGGGUUCUGCCCCUGGGAGGGCCAGAGGCCAGGCUCAGGGGGAGGAGAGCAGGCCUGUGGCUCUGGGGUGCUGGGGUUAUAAGAAGCCCUUUUUGCAGGAAAGGCUCCAGGGCGCCAGCAUCGAUGGUGGAUCAUUCUGGGUGUUGCUGCCUUAGUUCUUGUUGGUUUUUUUAAUUUUUCUUUUUAUUCCUUUUUAUGGCUGCACCUGCAACAUAUGGAUGUUCC